AUGUCCCGGCUGCUGCCGCUGCUGAGGGGCCGGACCGCACGCAGCCUGAGGCCGGGUCCGGCCGCCGCCGCCGCGCGCCGCCCGCCUUUCUCGUGCUGCUGCGGACGCGGGCUGCUGGCGCUCGCGGCCCCGGGCGGCGCUCCCGCCGGCCCCCGGGGGUUGGGCACCCACCCCAAGAAGGAGCCCAUGGAGGCGCUGAAUACGGCGCAGGGCGCGCGCGAUUUCAUCUACAGCUUGCACUCCACCGAGAGGAGCUGCCUGCUUAAGGAACUGCACCGCUUCGAGUCCAUAGCCAUCGCCCAAGAAAAAUUGGAAGCUCCACCACCCACCCCAGGACAGCUGAGAUAUGUCACUUCAGCUUUAAUUUUUAGGAUUAAUUUCUUUGUAAUCAUUUUUCAGGGAACCCAAAUUGAGAUGUCUAUUGGAAUUAUUUUGGGAAUUUCAACUAUGGCAGCUGCUGCUUUGGGAAAUCUUGUAUCAGAUUUAGCUGGACUUGGACUUGCAGGCUAUGUUGAAGCUUUGGCUUCCCGGUUAGGCCUAUCAAUUCCUGAUCUCACACCAAAACAAGUUGACAUGUGGCAAACACGUGUGAGUGCACAUUUGGGCAAAGCUGUUGGGGUGGCUAUUGGCUGCAUAUUAGGAAUGUUCCCCUUGCUUUUCUUUGGAGGAGGUGAAGAAGAUGAAAAACUGGAAGAGGAAAAAUAA